ACUCAGUACAUUAGAAGCUGCAAACAUGACGGACAUAGAUCCAGUGAUAAUUGGUAAAAUAAAUUACUAUUGUCGCGAAAAAUACUAUUGUCAUAUGGAAAAUGCUGCCUCGGAGGGAUUACAAAAAUACAGCAAUGAUGUAAUACUCAAAUAUUUAAAGGCAUAUGCCAUAAUAUUACAAGGACGUGUACAGGAGGGAAUGAGAGAACUGGAUGUUUUAAAAGACAAAAGAGAUGUUAAUCUGGCAGCAACAAUGACAUUGAUGUUAGGACACAAAUACAGUCAGACUGUUGACAGAGAGGCUUUACAAGAAUUGGAUGCUAAACUAAAAGAAGAACGAAAACAGUCCGGUGAAAUGGGUCUGUAUUAUGCUGCAUUAUUUCUAUUCCACAAUGGUAAAUUUGACAAAGCUAGAGAAUACAUUGACAGAAUGUUAAAGAUGCAAGUCACAAAAGAGGGAUUAACACUUAAGGGAUGGAUAGAGAUGAUGAGUGGUAGAGAUGCUAAGAAAGCUAUAAAAUAUUUUGAUGAUGCAAUUCAAAGCUAUGAUGGAUCCAGAGAUAUUGAUGCAUUGUUUGGUAAGGCUAAAUAUUAUGAGAUGAGACAUAACUUUACUGGUGCCCUAGACCUAGUGAACCAGGUGAUAGUAAAUUACCCAGCAUUCCUUCCAGCCCUUGUGGAGAAGAUGAGACUACAGUUAGCCUUACAAGACUGGGACCAGAGUAUAGAGACAGCACAGAGAGCAUUAGACCAAGAUAUGCAUUGCAUAGAAGCACUGAGGUUCCAGGCUUUGUAUAUGUUGUGCAGGGAAGGAAAUUAUUCAGAGGCAUCAGCCAAAAUUGGUGACCUUAUUACAACAUUAGACAGAUUUGAACCCAGAAGUGCUGUCCUCUAUUAUACCAUGGCACAAGGUUUCUGUAGAAUUUGUGGUAGAAAUGCCUUAGUACUACAACAAACAUACACCCUCAUGGAGCGUUGUGUUCAACAGGAACAGUCUAACUCUGAGUAUAUUAAUGAACUGGGAUUCCAGUUACUGUUACAGGGCAAAGCCAAAGAUGCUAUGAACUGUUAUAGAAAUGCCAUGAAAAUUGAUGAAACUAGUGUAACAGCUUUAACAGGUAUAAUACGAUGUCAGUUAUUAGAGAACCAAUUAGAUGAUGCUGCACAACAGCUAGAAUUCCUCAAUGAAAUACAACAAAGUAUAGCAAGGUCUCCUGAACUUGCAUAUCUGAGUGCAGUUUUAGCAGUAAAGAAAAGUGCUGACCCAGAGAAAGCCACACAGUUACUUAAUGAAUCUGUAGAACUUCAUUUUGCUGGGUUAAAGGGAUUUCCUCUUGGAACACAUUACUACUAUCUCCUGAAUCCAGAUUUUCUAGUACAAAUUGUUAAGAAUUAUCUACAGUUUGCUCCACAAACGCCUGUAGCAUCAGGACAGUCUGUCAAUCCUGUAUUGAAAAAAUGUAACCAAGUCUUAGAACCACUGACCAGAGCUGUGCCUGGUCUGCUAGAAGCAUUGUAUCUUAUGGGAAAAAUAAAGUUUUUGGCAGGUGAUAUUGAUGCAGCCCAAGGCAUGUUAAAUCAUUGUCUAGAAGUAGAUUCUACAUAUUCUGAUGCACACAUACUAAUGGCACAGAUACAUUUGAAUCAGAACAAUUUCAAGUUAGCCAACCAGUCACUAGAGGUUGGACUGAGUUAUAACUUCCAGAUCAAAGACCAUCCUUUGUAUCAUCUUAUCAAAGCUAGAAUACUGAAGAAACAAGGAGACUUGGCAGAAGCAGUGAAGACUCUACAGUUGGCUAUGGUACUUCCUGGGGUUAAAAUUACAGGAAGAACAGCUAUGCAGAAGAAAGGCAAAGUACAAGACAUAAGUGUAAUUGAUAGAGUGUCUGUGUUCCUAGAACUUGCAGAGGCUCAUAGGUUGUUAGAUGAGAAGCAUGAAGCUGCUAAAGUGAUGCAAGAUGCCAUCAAUGAAUUCCAAAAUACUCCAGAAGAGGUUAGAAUCACCAUAGCUAAUGCCGAAUUAUCAUUGGCUAGAGGUGAUAUGGAGAUGGCACUGGGCAUGCUAAGAAAUGUGGCACCUGACCAACCAUAUUAUGUCCAGGCUAGAGAAAAGAUGGCUGACAUAUACCUCCACCACAGGAAAGAUAAAAGACUGUAUGCUAGCUGUUAUAGAGAACUUGUAGAAAAGCAUCCCAGUACCCAAACAUCAUUGCUACUUGGGGAUGCCUACAUGAGUAUACAAGAGCCUGAAAAAGCAAUUGAGGUGUAUGAACAAGCCUUGAAGAAAAAUCCCAAAGAGUCAACACUGGCUAGCAAGAUAGGACAAGCUCUAGUAAAAACACAUAAUUAUGGAAAGGCUAUCAACUAUUAUGAAGCUGCAUUAAAAACUGGUGGUCAAAGUUUCUUAAGAUAUGAUCUAGCUGAAUUGUUACUGAAACUGAGGCAGUAUGAUAAAGCAGAGAAAGUCCUGUCUGCAGUACUGGAUGAGGAGGGAGGUGCUGAUCUGGAUACAUUGAUGGAACAUGCUAAGUUAAUGGUGCUAUUGUCCAAAGUUCAUCAAAAGAAAAAUAACUUAGAAGCAGCAAUGGAGUCUCUUACCAAAGCUAGAGAUAUGCAAGCCAGAGUAUUGAAAAGAGUGCAGCUAGAACAACCAGAUGCCAUAACUAUACAGAAACAGUUAGCAGCUGAUAUAUGUGUACAGAUGGCUAAACAUGUUGAAGGACAAAGAGAUUAUGAAAAAGCUAUCAAAUUCUACAAAGAGGCCUUAGUUUAUAAUGAAAAUGAUAGCAAGGUGAUGUUAGAAGUAGCUAAUUUAUAUCUGACAACUGAUGAUUUGGAUGCUUGUCAACAUCAGCUUAUGACUUUACUGAAGAAUGAAAAAGAAAAUGAUGCUGCCACAAUUAUGUUGGCUGAUCUCAUGUUUAGGAAGAAUGAUUAUGAUGCAGCAAUGUUCCAUUUCCAACAGUUACUUCAACUUAAACCAGAUAAUUAUGAGGCCUUAGCCAGACUCGUUGAUUUGAUGAGAAGAAGUGGUAAAUUAGAAGAGGUUCCAAAGUUUUUAGAGUUAGCUGAGCAUGCCUCGGCUAGAUCUGCAAUGGAACCAGGCUUUAAUUAUUGUAAAGGACUUCAUGUAUGGUACACAGGUAACCCUACAGAAGCUUUGAAGUUAUUUAACAAAGCCAGGAAGGACUCAGACUGGGGUAAUCUGUCUACAUACAACAUGAUAGAGAUCUGUCUGAAUCCCGACAAUGAGACUGUUGGAGGAGAAGUGUUUGAAUCAGAGGAGGAUGGCUCAGUAUCACAAGAUAAAGACAAGUCAGAUAGUGAACAAAUGGCUGUAAGAACAGCAGAGAAACUUCUAAAGGAAUUGAAACCAAAGGCUGGUGAUAUCAGACCAAAGUUGUUAGAAAACAUGGCACUGAUUGCCACUAAACAGAAGGCAAAUAUAGAGAAAGCUUUGAAUGCCUUCAUGGAGAUCUCUACUAAUGAAAGAGAUCAUGUAGGAGCUUUAUAUGGAAUGGCUGCAGCUUAUAUGGUUCUGAAGCAAACCCCUAGAGCAAGAAAUCAACUGAAAAGAGUUGGCAAAAAUAACUGGACAAUGACUGAUGCAGAAGACUUAGAGAAGAGUUGGUUAUUGCUGGCAGACAUUUAUAUACAGUCAGGGAAAUAUGAUAUGGCAACAGAGUUGUUAAAGAGAUGUCUACAACACAACAAUUCCUGUUGUAAAGCACAUGAGUACAUGGGAUAUAUAAUGGAGAAGGAGCAAUCAUAUAAAGAUGCUGCUCAGAAUUAUGAAGCAGCUUGGAAAUAUGGAAACAAAAAUAAUCCUGUUAUAGGUUAUAAAUUAGGAUUUAAUUACCUAAAGGCAAAAAGAUUUGUAGAUGCAAUAGAUAUUUGUCAUCAUGUUCUAGGUAAUCAUCCAAACUAUCCAAAGAUCAGGAAAGAAAUUUUGGACAAAUCUAGAGCUAGUCUACGUGUUUAAGGACUGCAAUAUGACAUUAUCUCUCUAAUUUAUUAUUUGAAGGGGUUCAGUAUUCUGAACAUUCAGAGUUUUGAUUUAAACUUCAAUCUCAAAUGUAGAAAAAGAAUUUAUACUUUCCUGAACUCAGUAAAAUAUGUCAUUGGCGACAAAGAAAAAUAUUUGAGUUGCUAAAUUUUUUAUGAAGGGAUUAUUUUUUCAAAAAAAAUAAAAAUGAAAUAAUUAUAUUGACAUUCUGGCAUUAUUAAACACAUUUAGAAAUGCAAUUACAUACCUUAUGAAUUAGUUUGGUCAUGUUUUAGUUUUUUGCUUUAACGAAAAAUGAAGACCAGGUUUUCAAAAGAAAUACAGAAUAUAGUGAAUAGAAUUUACUGUGUUUUGUUUUUUUAAAUUGUAAGCUGUCUUUGAAUUUGUCUUUUAAAACUUGUUUGUUGAUUAUCUGUUAUGUUAUGUCUUAUCAUAAAUAUGUGCACUUAAUUGAAUUGUGGUGUAUGUUAAUACAUUUCUGGAACAUUCUUAAAGAGAAAACUACAAUUUAUAGCAUAUUGUACUUGUUUAUGUGUAAAUAUCGUGCAAAAUAAUUUGUGUACAAUUGUAUUUAUAUUUAUUGUAAAAGCUAAAAUGUGAUAAAUACAUUCCGUCCAUCUGAA